AUUGUUGAAACAGAUGGUCAACAGUUACAGGGAAAUAAUGGACAAGUUGGUAAAUGGUAGAUAUACUACAGGUGGCCACCUUUUCUUUUGUUGCUCAUAGGAUCCUUGAAAUUUGUUGGCUUCCAGCUUAGCUGUGAAAUUAAACUUUCUGCAAGUGUGUUCUAGGAAAGAAAGGCGCUUGGAGUUUAGAAGGGAUUGUUAUAAAGGCAGGAAGUCGAUCUUCACUUGUUCUAUAUUUUUUUGCUCCGUAUGCUCUCUUUCACACCUCGUAGUGAAAGCAUCCGCUUCUUCCUGUUCUCCUGCUGAAAUUAGACUCGAAGGUGCUGUAAGAAGAUUUUCUUAUUCUCCUGCUGAAAGCAUCCAAACGUCUAAUGCUGUUUUACUCGUGUUUUUCUUUGUCAAAUGUUUCUUUAAAUGCUAAUGUGAUAAAGCCAUUACGAAAUUUGAUGGCUGUGAUUUUGGAGCUAUAUUAUAGUGAAUCCCACUUUGUACAGGCUGUUUAUCUUCGUACCUAUGCAUUUCUCCUUGAUUACAAGGUAUAGUGGGAUUUGGUUGAAGGAACUAUUAUGCUUCCACCAUAUGUAUUUCUUCCCAACUUGUGCUUUUGGAAUAAAAAAUAAACUAUUCGUUGUGGAAAUAAUGCAACUUGAAGCUUAAGCAAAGUGUUUCUGUUUAAUUGUAUUGGUAUAAUAUACUGAUAUCUUUUUUGUCUUCUUUGUACCAUGUCUUAAACGUUCUGAUCACAGACUAGCCAGUCACCAUAUGCAGAAUUCAUUUCUUCUUAAAUCAUCUUGAUUUUAUGUUCUUUUACACAUUAAAUUAUCCUUGACCAUGUUUUCUCAAUAAUGUAUUCUUUUUUUGUUAUUUCUAUGCAAAGUCUAUCAUGGAGUUUUGAUAAACUAAUCUACAAGAACUCCAACUGAAGCGUCAUCACCUUUUCUUGCCGAUUCAUAGUUUUUCUAUAUGUAGAUCGAAGAAUCAUAUAAAUCUGCCCGUUUCAGCUCUUUGAUCUCGUUGCCGUCCGGAUUGUGAACGAGGUUGGUUAAGUGGAAAUAUGAAGAUCUGCUGCAUCGGAGCAGGCUAUGUGGGCGGCCCGACAAUGGCAGUAAUUGCCCUCAAAUGCCCAUCCGUGGAGGUAGCGGUCGUGGACAUCUCUGUAAAGCGUAUUGCUGCAUGGAAUAGUAACCGACUGCCAAUUUAUGAGCCAGGGCUCUAUGACAUUGUCGCCCAGUGCCGAGGAAGGAACCUUUCAUUUAGCACUGAUGUGGAGAAACAUGUCUCUGAAGCUGAUAUUGUCUUCAUCUCAGUGAACACACCAACGAAAACCUUCGGCCUCGGGGCUGGCAAGGCUGCAGACUUGACCUACUGGGAAAGUGCUGCUCGCACAAUUGCUGAUGUUUCCACGUCCGACAAGAUUGUGGUGGAAAAGUCCACUGUUCCGGUGAGGACUGGGGAAUCUCUCAAGAAGAUUCUUACUCAUAACAGCAAAGGAAUCAACUACCAGAUCCUCUCCAACCCAGAAUUUCUGGCAGAGGGAACAACGGUCCAAGAUCUACUGAGGCCUGACCGGGUGCUUAUUGGUGGCUUGGAGACUCCAGAGGGGCAGAAGGCUGCCCAAGUUCUGAAGGAUGUUUAUGCUCAUUGGGUGCCUGAGGAUAGAAUCAUAACGAUCAAUCUUUGGUCCGCAGAACUAUCAAAGCUCGUGGCAAACGCCUACUUGGCUCAGAGGAUCUCCUCGAUAAAUAGUAUCUCAGCACUCUGUGAGGCUACUGGAGCUGAUGUUUCUGAGGUGGCCCGUGCUGUCGGCAAGGAUUCAAGGGUUGGACCUAUGUAUUUGAAUGCAAGUUUUGGUUUUGGAGGGUCGGCAUUCAUCAAAGACAUCCUCAGUCUGGUCUAUAUCUGCGAGUGCAAUGGUCUAACUGAUGUUGCUGAGUACUGGAACCAGGUGCUUAAGAUCAAUGAUUUCCAAAAAAACCGUUUUGUCAAGCGGGUCAUUUCCUCUAUGUUCAAUACGGUCGUGGGGAAGAAAAUUGCUGUGCUUGGGUUUGCAUUCAAAAAGGACACAGGGGACACGAGAGACACACCUGUAAUUGAUGUCUGCAAGGGGUUGUUGGACGACAAGGCCACACUGAGCAUAUAUGAUCCCCAGGUGAGCGAAGAGCAAAUCAAAUAUGACCUCACAAUGCAGAAACUUGAUUGGGAUCGCUCGAGCUCAAAUCAGCUGCUGAUCUUGAGCCCAACAGAAAUGAAGCAAGUGCAUACAGCGAGAAACGCGUAUGAGGCAGCUGAGGGGGCACAUUGUGUUUGCAUCUUGAACGAUUGGGAUGAGUUCAGGGAAUUGGACUACCGAAAGAUAUAUGAAGCGAUGUGCAAACCAGCUUUCAUCUUCGAUGGGCGCAAUGUUGUUGAUCCAGAAAAGCUCAGGGCGAUAGGAUUCAUUGUGUACUCCAUCGGGAAGCCUCUGGAUGCAUGGGUAAAGAGUAUAGCUGUUGCAGUGUAAUGUGAAGUUCUAUAUCAGCUUGGCAGGAAGCACGAUGCCUGUCAUUGGACAAGCUGGCUCUGAAAGGAUGUAACCAUUUCAGGCAGAAACAUGGGAAAGCGUCCAAACUCAUUGAUUACUGAUUUGCUUGAAAAAGUUUAUUCCAAUUCCCUGUACAUGAUUUUGUUUGC